CUCAUUCAUAGCAUAUAGACUCUUUCAAAGUACGUUGCCUGUGCCUGUGCUGUCUUUCUCAACUCUUAGUCCUUUGCCUCAGAAAAAAGGCUAGGGGCAAAAACCCUGCUUUCUCAUUUCGCGGAUCAUCAUCACCAUCAUGUCUUUCUCACCUCUAUAGUCUCUCAAGAUUUUAUGUUUCCCUUGCUUUUUUGGGUUCCGGGGGAAAUUCUUGAGUACAAGUGUCAUUCUCAAAUGUGUUUUUAGGGUUUAAUUAUUCAUUGCUUCAAACCCCCAAAAAAAGAAAGGAAAGAAAAAAAGACAUGAACAACGCCAUCAACACCAAUGACCUUGUGUUUUGCCCUUAUAAUGACCGCUCCUCUCCACCGCUAUUACCCAACUUUAGCCUCUCCCCUUCCUUCAACCCGAACCCGAAACCAUCCGAUGAUCAUUACCCUCGCCGUCAUGAUCUUGAUGAUUAUAAUCAUCAUCAUCAUCUCCUAGAUUCUUCGCCCUCUCCCCAAUUUGAAUUCGACCCAGAAAGCCUUUACGCCAUUUUCCUCAGACCAAACAAUGAUCAUGAUGACAACAACAACAACAACAACAACCGAGAUCUCCUUCCUUUGAACAACAACACCGUCCAAGACCAAAGAGUUGACGCAUCAGAGACCAUCACUCACAUGGAAGAUUCCAAGAAGGUCGCCAACUCUCCAUACCCAGCUCGAGCUAAUCCCAGGAAAAGGGCAAGCAAGACGGACAGGCACAGCAAGAUCUACACUGCCAAAGGUCCGAGAGACCGAAGGAUGAGGCUGUCGCUCGAGGUGGCGAGAGAGUUCUUCGGUUUACAAGACAUGCUCGGAUUCGACAAAGCCAGCAAAACAGUUGACUGGUUGCUCACACAGGCCAAAUCCGAGAUCAAGAAGCUCUCGAGGAGCCUCCCCAAGCGAUUUGACAGCGGUUUGAUGAGCAGCGAGGAGUCACAAACACCUGCACCUGGUUGGAUCGGCGAGAGAGGAAGCAAGAUGAACACCGGGACGGACAGCACAUGGGCUGAUCCUCACGAAGUUGCGUCAGCAUCAACGAACGAGAUCGAGAUCGAUGGAAAAUCGGGGAAGGAGAAGAAGAAGAAGAAGAAGAAGAGAUCACAGUCGAGAAAUCCCAUCUUCAGGAAGCUUCCAAAGGAUGCGAGAACGAAGGCAAGAGAGCGGGCAAAGGAGAGAACGAAGGAGAAGAUGAUGAUGAGGCAAAGAUCGUCAUCAGAAGCUGCGGUUUAUAUGAAGAACGGCGAAGUGAACGACCACUUGGGCACGAGCUCGAACUGGAGUUCGUUCGAAACCGGGGAAGAUUCUGUCCAAGAGGUCAAAGAACCGAGCCCAAGCGACCAAUUCGUUGCUUGUAAUAACAUUGGGAUCACUCAAGAAUCUCUGGAUAUAAUCAACAAGUGGAGCCCUUUCUCCCUCUUUAAUUACCAUCAAAACCAAGGAUCAGCUUCUUCCAUGGAGAAUCAGUAUAUGGAUCAUCAUCAGCUCUUGGGGAAGCCGAGGAAUGAUUUCUACAACUCACAAAACAUGUGUUGAGGAAAAUCGUUAUAUCAAUUAAUAAUAAUGGGCCGUUUUCAUCGUAAACCAUGCCUUGGUAAGUGAUUUUCUUGUAAAUUUUUUUUUUUGUGUGUGUGUUUUUUUUAGUUUCUCUACUUUAUGUUGCUUGUUGAACGGUAAGGUUUUUCUAUGGCACGAACAGUUCCUCUCAUCCUAUAUGCUUUUUCUUAA